UUUGCAAGCAGCGCUGGUGGGUGUGGGCUGCGCUAAGUUUUCUUUAAAUUUGUUUCUACCUUGUGUAUUUAUUAAAAAAAUAAGUUCUCGGCAACAUGGGUGACGCCAUGAACGUAGAGGUUAAGGAUAUUGAUAAGCUGAUGGCGUUGGAUGGCUACCUCAAGCCCUUUGAACGUGAGAUACGUCGCCGACAUGGCGUGCUGCAGGAAUGGAUUGGUAAAAUCAAUCAGUGCGAGGGAGGCAUGGAGGAGUUUUCGCAGGGCUACAAGUACUAUGGACUGCAUUUCCAGCCGGAUAAUUCAGUUAUUGCCCGCGAAUGGGCGCCAGGUGCCAGAGAUGUUUAUCUAACAGGAGAUUUCAACAACUGGCACUGGGAGUCGCAUCCUUUCAAGAAACUGCCUUUUGGCAAAUGGGAGCUGCAUUUGCCCGCCAAUCAGGAUGGCAGCGCACCUAUUAAGCAUCUUAGCGAGAUCAAGGUUAUUAUACGCAACCAAGCUGGUCAGCUGCUGGAUCGCUUAUCGCCUUGGGCCAAAUAUGUGGUCCAACCACCCAAAGAGGCCAACCAGGGCGUCAACUACAAGCAAUAUGUGUGGAACCCACCGGCUACAGAGCGUUAUCUACGCAAGCAUUCGCGUCCAGCCAAACCAAAGUCUUUGAGAAUCUAUGAGUGUCAUGUUGGCAUAGCCUCCCAAGAGCCGCGUGUGGGCAGCUACGAUGAAUUUGCUGAUCGCAUUGUGCCGCGCAUUAAGCGCCAGGGCUACAACUGCAUACAGGUGAUGGCCAUCAUGGAGCAUGCCUACUAUGCUAGCUUUGGUUAUCAGGUAACCAGUUUCUAUGCUGCCUCCAGUCGUUGCGGCAAUCCAGAGCAACUUAAGCGCAUGAUUGAUGUAGCUCAUGCCCAAGGACUCUAUGUGCUGCUGGACGUUGUGCACUCCCAUGCAUCGAAGAAUGUCCAGGAUGGCUUAAAUCAGUUCGAUGGCACCAACAGUUGCUUCUUCCAUGAUGGCGCUAAGGGCGAGCAUUCACUGUGGGACAGUCGUUUGUUCAACUAUGUUGAACAUGAAGUGUUGCGCUUUUUGCUAUCCAAUCUACGCUGGUGGCACGAUGAGUAUAAUUUUGACGGUUAUCGCUUUGAUGGCGUCACAUCCAUGUUGUAUCAUUCUCGUGGCAUUGGCGAGGGCUUUAGUGGCGACUAUAAUGAAUACUUUGGGCUGAAUGUGGACACCGAUGCGCUCAACUAUUUGGGCUUGGCAAAUCAUAUGCUGCAUCAGUUGGAUCCAGAGAUUAUAACCAUAGCAGAGGAUGUCUCUGGCAUGCCAACUUUGUGUCGUCCUGUCGCGGAGGGCGGCAUUGGUUUCGAUUAUCGCCUAGGCAUGGCCAUUCCCGACAAGUGGAUUGAGCUGCUUAAGGAAACGAGCGACGAUGAAUGGAACAUUGGCAAUAUUGUGCAUACGCUCACCAAUCGUCGCUGGAUGGAGAAUACUGUUGCCUAUGCCGAAUCGCAUGAUCAAGCUCUUGUCGGCGACAAGACAAUUGCCUUUUGGUUGAUGGACAAAGAAAUGUACACGCACAUGUCCACAUUGUCGGAUCCUUCGCUUAUCAUUGAUCGUGGCCUAUCGCUGCAUAAGAUGAUACGGCUCAUUACGCAUGCAUUGGGUGGAGAGGCGUAUCUUAAUUUCAUGGGCAAUGAAUUUGGUCAUCCGGAGUGGCUGGACUUUCCGCGUAUUGGCAACAAUGAUUCGUAUCAUUAUGCGCGCCGCCAAUGGAAUCUGGUAGAUGAUGAGCUGCUUAAGUAUAAGUAUCUAAACGAAUUUGAUCGCGCCAUGAAUGAGCUGGAGGAGCGCUAUGGCUGGCUGCACGCGGGUCCUGCCUACGUCAGCUGGAAGCAUGAGAGCGACAAGACCAUUGCCUUUGAGCGUGGUGGACUUGUGUUUGUCUUUAAUAUCCAUCCGACGCAGAGCUUUAGCGAUUAUCGCGUCGGCACCAACUGGGCGGGCACCUAUCAGGCUGUGCUCUCAUCGGAUGAUCCGCUCUUUGGUGGUCACAAUCGCAUCGAUAAGAACUGCAAGCAUCAUUCUGAUCCUCUUGGCUAUGCCGGACGUACAAAUUUCAUUCAAAUUUAUGCUCCAUCACGCACGGCUGUAGUUUAUGCACGCGUGAGUGAUUAAUUUACUGAUUGUUAAUAUACAUAUAUAUUUUUUAUAUAUAAAUUGUAUAAAAUUUAUAUGAAUUCAAAAUUUAGUCUUAGGCGUUGUUAAAGUUACGCAUGCCAUCAUUGAAAAAUAUACAAACAAAGAGAUAGUUUUAUAAAUGGUUUAUGGUUUUGUAAAAUAGAUGGUUAACAAUAAUUGCAAAUAAACAAUUUUGUUAAGUGUUACUAACAUAGU